UCUAUCUCAAUCCAUAUUAGAUGCUAUGCAAGGUCUGGUCGAAUUUUUGUUUAUAGAAUCCGUCGUACUAACGAGCGUUAUAAAACGAAAGAGGAUCAGAAAGUUUGUGAGAACGUUAAUACAACUUGAAGAGCAAAUGAAUUUGCCUGAAAACUUAGUGCGUGACUUAAAUAUAAAUGUAGUAAGAGUAAAGGUAUUUCUUUCUCAUUUUAUAUAUGGCUCUAUACACACAUACGAUAAUAUCGUCAAUUGGAAAAUGAUUUCUUAUUCUCUAGCUUUUGUUAUUUUUCGAUUUACCUCCUAUUAUUGCUGUUCAGUACACUUUUUAUAUCCGUCGUGUGUGUGUGGAUGAAAAAUAGAUACCUCUAUUUAGAGAAGAUUCUAGAAGAUUGCACAAAUCAAGCAAGAGUACAACUUAUCGUUUUUAAUAAAAAGCCAACGCAUGUUCCUAAUAAACUGCAAAUCUUCUCGCACAAUUUCAAAAUGAUGUACUUGCUUGUGGAUGAUUUUAACGCCAUAUUUGGGAACCAGAUCUUCUUUAUAACGAUAUGUACCGCUCUGGAAAUACUAAAUGGAGUUAAUUAUGGAAUGCCAACAUUACAUAAUAUUGAUGUAAAUGACGAUACCAUUACUAUUAAUGUUGUUUAUCCAAUUUUAUAUAUCAUAUGCAAUACAGAAGUUGUUAUGGCUUGUGAUGCAGUAGUCAAAUCCGGUAAAAAAAUAUCAAAAAUGUGUUUUAUGCUUCACGAGCAAACUGAUAACAACGAGCUAAAAGAGGCAUUUUUGAAACUGGCAGUUUAUACGCAAGGAUUAUGUCCAUAUUUUUCCGCUGCUGGUUUCUGGUAUGUGGAACAAGAGGUAUUAUCAACUUUAUUUUCAUCUGUUAUUACCUACUUAAUAAUUAUAAUACAGUUCAACAUGACGUUAAAAUAGACUAGUCGACUUCAGGAAAAAAUUCUAUGAAUUAUGAAAAAAUAUAUUAACAUAUAUUAUUUUACAACGUUAUUAUUUAGUAUUUGCUGCAUCUGUAGAUAAAUAAACAUUACUCCAA